GCUGGAUGUAACAUUAGUUUUCACUAUAAAUACUUGUUUCCUGCGGAAAAGAAAUGGAAAACCUGCAUCUGGCUGGAGAGGAGGAUGACCUUUACUCUGGAUAUAACGACUAUAAUCCGGCAUUUGACUCGGAGGAGUUGGAGAACGAUGCGGGCUUCCAGCAAGCGGUUCGGACUAGUCAUGGAAGAAGACCUCCGAUGACGGCAAAGUUCCCCGGCACUGCCAUUGGAGGGCGACCUUUAGCUUCAUCUUAUGGAUCUCGGAUCCCUAUGGUCUCUUCACAGAGCAGACCCAUGACUGGAGCUUUGCAGGAUGGAGCAACCCGACCAAUGACUGCUGUCAGAGCAGCAGGUUACACCUCCUCCCUGACUCGUGGUUCAGCCUUUGAUCCUUUGGGCCAGUCCAGGGGCCCGGCACCUCCGCUUGAAGUGAAGAAUGAGGACACACCCGAGGAGAAGAUAAAGAUCCUGGAGAAGAAAGUAAAGGACCUGAUAGAGGAGAGCUGCAUGGCACAGAGUGUGGGAAACCUACAGCUGGCCCUUGAAAAAGCCAAAGAGGCAGGAAGGAAGGAGCGAGCACUGGUUCGACAAAGAGAACAGUCUGGCAAUGUGGAGCACAUCAGUGUAGACCUCACCUUCUCUGUUUUGCUUAACCUUGCAAACCAGUAUGCGAACAAUGAAAUGUACACAGAAGCCCUGAACACCUACCAGGUCAUUGUGAAGAACAAGAUGUUCAGUAAUGCAGGCCGUCUGAAAAUCAACAUGGCCAACAUUUACUUCAAACAAAAGAACUACCCUAAAGCCAUCAAGUUCUACCGCAUGGCACUGGAUCAGAUUUCCAAUGCCCACAAGGAGAUAAGGAUCAAAAUCAUGCAAAAUAUUGGCGUGGUCUUCGUCCGCUUGGGCCAGUAUUCUGAUGCCAUCACAUCCUUCGAGCACAUCAUGAGUGACAGUCCCAACAUCAGGACAGGCUUCAACCUUAUCCUGUGCUACUACGCCAUUGGUGACAGAGAGAGGAUGAAGAAGACCUUUCAGAAGCUCAUCUCGGUUCCUCUGGGCAUUGAUGAUGAAGACAAGUAUAUUCCAUCUACUGACGACACCAGCACAAAUAUGGUUAUUGAGGCCAUCAAGAAUGACAAGCUUCAUCAGAUGGAAAGAGAUAUAAAAGCCCUGGCUGAGAAGUUCAUCAUGACUGCAGCCAAACUCAUCGCCCCGGCCAUCGAGACUUCUUUUGCUAGCGGAUUUGACUGGUGCGUGGACAUGGUGAAGAGUUCUCAGUAUGUUGAACUUGCCAACGAUCUGGAGAUCAACAAAGCCAUCACCUACCUAAGGCAGAAGGACUUUAAUCAGGCGGUGGAAACCUUGAAGACGUUUGAGAAGAAGGAGAGCAGAGUGAAGAGCGCUGCAGCCACCAACCUCUCUUUUCUCUAUUUUCUGGAGAAAGACUACGACCAGGCUGACAGAUACGCUGACCUGGCCAUGACUGCUGACCGUUAUAACCCUGCCGCACUGAUCAACAAGGGCAACACGCUGUUUGUCAAGCAGGAGUACGAAAAAGCAGCAGAAUUCUACAAAGAAGCACUGAGGAACGAUUCCUCCUGCACCGAAGCGCUUUAUAACCUCGGCCUGACCUACAAGGGACUGAAGCGCUUGGAGGAAGCCCUGGACUGUUUCCUGAAACUUCAUGCAAUUCUGAGGAACAGUGCUCAGGUCAUGUACCAGCUAGCUGACCUCUACGAGCAGUUAGAGAAUCUUCCACAGGCCAUCGAAUGGCUGAUGCAGGUCAUCAGUGUGACUCCCACUGACCCUCACGUACUGGCCAAACUGGGGAAGCUGCAUGAUGACGAGGGAGACAAGUCCCAGGCUUUCCAGUAUUACUGUGAGUCCUUCAGGUACUUCCCCUCCAACAUUGAUGUGAUCAUGUGGCUCGGGGCUUACUACAUCGAGACACAGUUCUGUGAGAAGGCCAUCCAGUACUUUGAAAGAGCCACACUUAUACAACCAACACAGGUGAAGUGGCGACUAAUAGUGGCAAGCUGUUACAGACGAAGUGGAAACUACCAGAAGGCUCUGGAAACGUAUAAACACAUCCACCACAAGUUUCCUGAAAAUGCGGAAUGUUUGCGUUUCCUGGUGAGGCUCUCCACUGACAUGGGUCUGAGCGAGGUCCAGGAGUACGCCACCAAGCUGAAGAAGGUAGAGAAGAUGAAGGAGAUCCGAGAGCAGAGAGUGAAGUCGGGGCGUGAGGGCAGUGCGAGAGGACGCAGAGAAGGCAGGGAGGGCAGCGCAGACAGCAGCAGCAGCACCAAAGGAGAGCGUUUGAGCGCCAAGAUGAGGUCACUUCCUGGUUCCAACGAGCCCUACGAAGCCAGCAGCCCAAAAGAGCUUGACGUGUCUUAUGUGGACCCACUGGGGCCGCAGAUGGAGAGACCGAAGACGGGUGCCAGGAAGCGGGUGGAGGAUGAUGACUUUGCAGAUGAAGAGCUUGGAGACGACCUGUUACCAGAGUAGACCCAUCACCCUUCUGCCGUCACUGUAAAACCUUCCUCUGCAGUUUUAGUGAAGCAGGAGCACCAAGCUAAACCACACACAACUGGAACAUGGACCUUCAGCUCAUCUUUUGGUAAACGGUGAUGGUCCCAGGUGCCACAGACUGGUCAUAUUUGUCACACAUCUGAGUAGCUUUGUGAAACAUACAUCAGCCCACACCAGCUUCACAUAACUUUCCAGAGAAGAAAUGAUAUCUUGAUCCAUGGGAUGAAUGUGCACCAGUCCACCUGUAGCUUGUUACCGUUUAAUCUGGCAUUGUUUAAACCGUUUAGUUCAGAGCAGAUCUGACAUCCACCACAAUAGGAUCAAAUAUUUAUUGUAAAUGUUUAAUGUCAAUGUCUGAUAAGUUGUGUGAAAGGCAACAACUUUCUGGAGAUAUUGAUUUGUACAGUUUCCGUGUGUGAGCCUUGAAUCCUUCUGGAGCAUGUCAACAGUUCAGUUCAGUUCAGACAAUUCAGCUCCUGUAAAUGAGCAGAAGAAUGUAUCUGCCUUUAUUUAUCUCCUUUGUUAGUCUCUUUAUUGUCAAUAAUACAAAUAAAUAUGACAUAUUUGUUUAUUAAACUGAUU